UGUGAAUGGAGUGGGCUGCUGGAUGAAGAGGGAAUUUCUACGCUAAGUGUAGUAAAUAGAUGACUAAUCAUCGUAUUAGAACCAAACCGCAGACGAGCUAAUACAAUCAACAACAAAUACCAGAGAGACGUCGUCCGGCCACACGGCCUAAAAAUGGCCGUUAACACAAGAGGAAAGAAGGCGUUGUCCUUAUCAGAUAGUGGCAUGUCAUCAAUGGACGAGAGCAUAUACUACACUUCGCCAUUACGUCACAUUCUUGAUCUGCCAGAUGAACUUUUGGUGCGGAUUUUCGGUUACUUCCAACCAGUUGAGGACCAGCUCCCGCGAUUGGCUUUGGUUUGUAAGAAAUGGCAUCAUGUAUUGCAGUAUUCCGGUUCUUUAUGGCGCGUGCUGAACGUGAGCCCCGGGCCGAAUGCACACAUCCACUAUAGUCUGAUCACCACGAUACUGAAACUGUAUGGACACCAUCUAUACAAGCUAGUCUGGAGGGAGAACUCCCCGGUUUAUGAAAAUAUCUUUGCACUGGUCAAGCAUUUGACCAGUCUGAAGCUCCUACGUCUUCCCAUUUUAUGGAAUAGUGUCGUUGUGGACAGUCUGCAGAAUUUGGGGAACUUGGAAUCCGUUCACAUAAAUGGAGGAUACUCGCUAAUGGAUGCUGACUUAGAAAAUAUAGCAAGAUAUUUCCCCAAAUUAAAAGAAGUUUCAUUGAACGCUUGUUGGUGCAUUACGUCAUCAGGUUUGGUGACGUUUUGUAGAGCGCUGGAGAACCUGAAGAACGUGACGUUAAAGAUUAACUCGGGGUUGCCUCUAGAAGAUGCUCGCAGUGAGGAAUCGAUGAGAGAAGGAGCUAGGAUUGUCUUGGCCGUCAGAUACACUGUUUUUGCUUCCAUGGUUGGUGUUCUCUGUUUACAUUUUGUUCCUAUAGAAAUGGAUGAGUUAUGGGAUAUUGUCAACAAAAUGACGAACCUAAAAAAGCUUAGUAUCAGCAAUUGUGAGCAUCUUCAUGGGAUUCGUCUGGUAUCCAACUCCCUUCAGAAACUGUGUUUGUUUAACCUAUGGAAUGUUUUGUUUGUCAGUAUCGAUGGUACUGACUUGCGAAGCGUGACCAUUGACGCCGGCCUAGAGUCCAUGGAGCAUGUGGAAAUAUACGCACCAAAACUCCGUCGUGCAGUCGUCAAUGGCAGCAACAUCUUGAGGACAUUAGGGAUCCGCAGCAAGAAACUUUCGUUAUUGGACCUGUGUAACUGCGAGGAACUGGAAAUGUCCUCGUUAAGAGACAUGCUCAAAUCCAACCCUUCCUUAGUGUGUAUGAAGUUGGGCAGCUUGUCCCAAGACAGUCUUCUUCUGGAUGAACUAAUAAUACCCAAUCUACAAGAACUGUGUCUGUUGGGAGAUUUCGCCUGUGAGGCUCUUCAUGUUCGGAGUCCCACAUUACGUUUAUUUCACACUGAAUCUGAGACGGACAUCAUCACGCUUAAUCACGUGUACAUAACAGCCAAUCAUCUGUGUAAGGUAGCCCUGGUGGGGAUGCCGGCUUUAAAAACGAUGACUAUUCAGUGUGUGAGCGUGGAUUCCAUAGAACUGAAUCUAUGCAGUGAUGACCAAUUAUUACUGGACUCGUGCGUUAUACAGGCGUUAGGGUCUAUAGGAUUUUUACGUUUAUUCGACUGUAAGUUAAAUCUUCUCUCGGUGAGCACACCCCUAGCACGCACUGUCGUUCUCUACAGAUGUCACGUGUCUGAUUACGUUUUACAAAUGGCGCUCAAUGGAUGUCCAAAUAUAUCAAACCUAAACUUGGAGAAAUGCAGAAACAUUAAGCAGAUUUCGAUCGAGGCGCCACCUCUGAAGUUUCUGAAUAUGUUUGACUGCAGGGACAUCCACAAAUUGGAUCUCGAUUGUCCAGAACUCAUUGCUCUAAAUAUCGGACAGUGUCCGAAUGUUCGCUUAUAUAUACGAGGAAUCGAACAGGAGUUGUCUUCCUUGACGGGAGUUGUCCUUCCUUCCGAAUCUGUUCGUUGGAGUCACGAUUUCCCGCCACAAGUUUAUAUGUGUAGUUGAUGAUAUUUGUGGGUUUAUUCAUAGUGGUUAUUGUGAUUGGAAUGUUUUCUACAAAUUUUACAUUUUAGGUAAUUUAGAUAUGAUUAUGUAUUUGUUUAAAAUCUUUAUUAUUAUUUAUUCCGUAAACAGUCCCGACCUAACAACAUGGCUUUUCUACGAAGGGGUGGAAAUGGGGUGAAUGAAAUGUGGUUGUAUGGCUCGUCAGACCAAAAUGGUGCAAAUGAUUACAACCGAAGGUGACAUUAAGGCGACGGGGGGGGGGGGGGGGGGUCGUCAAUGCCCGUCCCCACCCCUGGCCAACACUAAGGGAUAUUUGACCUCGUUAUUGGUUUAUGAAAUAUCAAUCUGAUUAAAACACAGAUCCUAUUUCGUUUAUUUUUAUAGUUCAAAAUAUCGUUUUACUUGAUAUAUAAUGAUGUUAGGGAUUAGCCAAUGAAACGGUCUGUUACGGCGAGUUCUUGGCGUAAACCACUAGAAACGUCAACGCUGAUUGAUUAAUCAAUGUCUGACGUCAUAGGGUCAAAAGCCGCUCAUUCGACCCCUGACGCGACCUUCCACUACAACCAGUCUGAUCUUCAUAUAGUGUAGGCUAUCGAAAGUAUACAAAAAGCGAAACAAAUAUAAAAUCAAACAAUAACUGUUUCUGCAUAUAACCCGCGUUCUGGUGGAAGUGAUGGAUUAGCCAAUGAGUUCUUGGUGUUUGAUGCACGGAACUGUGGGUAAACCACUAGAAACGUCAACGUUGAUUGAUUAAUCAAUGUCUGACGUCAUAGGGUCAAAACAAUAACUGUUUCUGCAUAUAACCCGCGUUCUGGUGGAAGUGAUGGAUUAGCCAAUGAGUUCUUGGUGUUUGAUGCACGGAACUGUGGGUAAACCACUAGAAACGUCAACGCUUAAUGAUUAAUCAAUGUCUGACGUCAUAGAGUCAAAAGCCGUUCGUAGAACGUCACGUGACCUUUACUACAACCGGUCAGAUCUUCAUGUAGUGUAGGCCAUCGAAAGUAUAAAAAAACGAAACGAAAUAUAGAUCUGUAUUUUAAUCAGAACUUGAUAUUUUUUAGUGGGGGGACCUGACCACCGUUUCUCCCACCAGACCACAGUAGCUAUCUAACAUUGGUCAAUCAUCUGUAGAAUUUCAUCUUUAUAAUUAUUCCAUGGUACUGUGUUACAAAAUCGUACCCAAAAUUCUGUGGAUAGAAUUAUUAUAAUCUGCUGUAUCAGCUUGUUAUUCUUUACAUUUUGCCUAAAUUACUUCCGGUGAAGGUUUUUGACACUGUGAUAUUGUUUAUAAUUUGACGUCAUCAACCAUACGUCACCAAACGUCAUACGGCGUUAUGGAUCAUAGAAAUAGUGUGUUUAUCGUUAGCGUGAUUAGUAGAAGAGCGUGUGCGAUUUUAAGAUAUGUCAUGAUAUAGGGCCUAUGAAGACGCAUUAUGUAAGAAAUGAAAUGGGGUUUGACGUCCUACUGUUCUGCUCCGACUGGGCUAAUGAAGACGGGCAUACGCCAUACAGUGUACUAUGAGGGAAAUUUUGCCCGGAAACGGCGCUACGGCUUUCACACUUAUUCCAACUGCCAAGGGAUCUCUUACGUGUACGUCAGUGUGUACACGGGGCCUAUCGGAACGCAUUAUGUAAGAGCUAAAUAUAUCUAUUGCAUGUUUUUAUAAUCGUAUUUAAUAAUAUUUCUUUAGAACAGUUUCAAGCGGGUGCCCCAUUUAGCAGUCCGUAAUAAAUUCCUCCCAUAAAGAAAGUGUGACAUAGUUUGUAUGACGUCACUUGUUGUUUCUAUGGUUACAGCAAGAUGGUUCUUGUCUUUUGUUUGAUUAAUGUUUUAUUUAUUCUAAUCUAUGGAAUUCAUCGUCUCUAGUCAGCACCAUAUAUAGAGAGAACCUGGCCAGCUAUAGUCUCAGUUGUCAUGGACAAUCUCAAUGCUGUUCAAUUACAGAUUCGUCCUCAGUUCCUGCAGGGGGCGGAUCCAGGAUUUUCAGAAAGGGGGGGGGGAUGUCCCUACUUGGGAGUGCGAAGUCCGACCCUCGGUGGGUGGACUGACUGGAUCCGCGCCUGUCCCGCCUCUGACCCACUAUUUAUUAUGCAUAACUUUCAUUUCGUUCAUUUUUACUGACAGCCAUUUUGUUCUGAUGUUGAUAUGUGAAGCUUUCGGGGUUAGCUUAGAUCUAUUUCAGAAGGCAGAUUUCCUCAAGGUCACGUGAUGUAACCCUAACCCUUGUCCUCGCCCUAACCCACAAUCCUCGGCAACAGUCACGUGCCCUGACCCUGUUUACAUCUCGUGACCUUGGGGAAAUCCACAGGUGGCUUCUGAAAUAGGUCUGACCAGCUUUCAGAUUGGCUAACAAAAUGGCGACUAUGGCCGCAGUUAGCCAGGCUCGCUUUACAUGUAUAUAGUUUUUAGCAGUGGGAGGAAACCGGAGGACCCAGAAAAAAACCCACGAGGUUGGACAGG